AUGGCCGCGAUGCGGCAAGUCAGGCGCCUUAGCUACAUCGGCGGAGCUUCGAUAGUCACUUCUCGCCAAGCCACGCGCCUGGUGCGACCCUGGACCGGCAAUGUCCUUCUCUCCCCUGGCACUACUGCCGCGGGCAUAAGGAAAGCCAGUACAACCCAAGCCAAGGCCGCACAGGUCUCCAAGGAUGGGUGGGAUGACGUCGGCGACGUCCCCCCCGACUCCAAGUUGCCAGACGCCGGGGUUGUCCGGAAACCGUUCUUACGCUUCCCGGAGCUGGCGACGACCCACGAUGAGUUCGCCAGGAGGCACAUCGGGCCCGACGAGGAGAGUGUUGCCCAAAUGCUCAAGGCCCUCUCCCCUCCAGUCGAGUCCCUCGACGAGUUCGUCGAGCAAGUCAUUCCCCCAGACAUCUUGACGUCCCGCGAGCUGUUCUCCAAAUCACCCCGUCGCAUCCAUUUCGGCGAGGCCAUGUACAUUCCCACCAGGGAGAGCCACAAGGAAUGGGAAGUCCAGAAAAUGGGAGAGCUUCUGGCCGAGAAGAACGACUACAACCGCAAAUACUUCAUCGGUGCUGGAUACUAUGGGACUCUCGUUCCCGAGGUCAUCAAGCGAAAUGUACUCGAGAACCCGGCCUGGUACACUAGCUAUACCCCCUACCAACCCGAGAUUAGCCAGGGCCGGCUGGAGUCCCUGCUCAAUUUCCAGACUCUUGUUUCUGACAUGACGGGCUUGCCCAUAUCCAACGCCAGUCUGCUGGACGAAGGAACCGCCGCCGCCGAGGCCAUGACGCUUUCACUGAAUGCCCUUCCUGCCUCGAGGGCGAAGCGGCCAGGCCGGACCUAUGUUGUCUCUAACAGAGUCCACCCGCAGACGAAGUCGGUUCUGCGCAGCCGUGCCGAGGGUCUCGGCAUCAGAAUCGCCGUCAUGGAUCUGACCAGGCACGACCUCUCCGAGCUGGAAGCGCUGGGCGACGACUUGAUUGGCGCCAUGGUCCAGUACCCAGACACAUAUGGCCAGGUGUGGAACUUCCAGAAGCUCGCGGAUGUCGUGCACGAAAAGGGCGCCUUGCUCAGCGCUGCUACGGACUUGCUAGCCUUGACUCAGCUCAGUCCGCCUGGGGACUGGGGUGCGGAUAUCGCGUUUGGCAACUCUCAACGGCUGGGUGUUCCUCUAGGGUUUGGGGGUCCUCAUGCUGCCUUCUUCGCCGUCAAGGAGAAGCACAAGCGCAAGAUGCCCGGCCGCCUGAUUGGCGUAUCCAAGGACCGUCUUGGCGGGCGGGCCUUGAGACUGUCGCUGCAGACGAGAGAGCAGCAUAUUCGGAGAGAGAAGGCCACAAGCAAUGUUUGCACUGCCCAGGCCCUGCUCGCCAACAUGACCGCUUUCUACGCUGUUUACCAUGGCCCACAAGGACUGCGGGCCAUCGCCGACAGGAUCAGCUUGAGCGCAAGGGUUCUGCAGUCUGCUGCCAAUAUUUACGGUUGGACAACGUUCAAGACAGUCGGGGCCGAACACGAGAUUGUGCCAUUCGACACCGUGACCAUUAUGUGCCACAACGAAGCCGGCCUACUCUACACCUGGCUCAAUGACAAAGGCAUUGGUGUGCGAUACGUGAACGCAAACAUGAUCAGCAUCAGCCUCGAUGAGACAAUGGAGGAGGGAGAUCUGUACCAGUUGGUCGAUGCGCUGCGCCAAAUUGCUCUAAGGAGCGGCCGAAUGUCCGAUGAAGAUGGCAAUAAUCCCCAGCCAAGUGCCAAAGCGGUGAUUCGGAAGCUUCUUCAUGUGCACCAAGCGGCAUCUUGGUCAUCCCCCGAUGGGCUGGCGCAUAUUCCAGAGGGUCUGCGACGAAAGUCAGAGUAUCUGACGCACCCAGUCUUCAACACGCACCAUUCCGAAACCGAGCUUCUCCGCUACAUACACCACCUCCAGUCCAAAGAUCUGUCCCUUGUGCACUCCAUGAUCCCCCUUGGAUCGUGCACCAUGAAGCUGAAUGGCAGCGCCGAGAUGUCACUGAUCACCCACAAAGGCUUUGCAAACAUCCACCCGUUUGCCCUCCCCAGACAGACCCAGGGCUAUCAGCUGCUCACCGAAAGUCUGCAACUGCAGCUACAGGAUAUCACUGGCAUGGACGGCGUUUCUCUGCAGCCAAAUUCGGGAGCACAGGGCGAGUUUGCUGGUCUUCGCACCAUUCGCAAGUACCUUGACGGCAAGGGUCAAAGCAAUCGCGAUAUAUGCCUGAUCCCGGUCUCGGCACACGGCACGAACCCGGCAUCGGCGGCCAUGGCGGGGAUGCGGGUGGUUCCUAUUAAAUGUGACACCAAGACGGGCAAUCUAGAUCUUGCGGACCUCGAGGUCAAGUGCGAGAAGUACUCGGAUGAGAUUGCUGCAAUGAUGAUUACAUACCCUAGCACGUUUGGCGUCUUCGAGCCUCAUAUAAAGAAGGUGUGCGAGAUUGUUCACAGCCACGGCGGACAGGUGUACAUGGAUGGCGCCAACAUGAACGCACAAAUCGGCCUCUGCUCCCCCGGGGAGAUUGGCGCAGACGUCUGCCACCUCAACUUGCACAAGACCUUCUGCAUCCCGCACGGCGGUGGCGGGCCCGGCGUGGGACCCAUUUGUGUCAAGGAGCACUUGGUCGAGUAUCUGCCUACCAGGCGCGUGACAAAACAGGAUGACCCGAACUUCCCAGUCAGCAGUGCGCGGGAUGGAAGCGCUAGCAUAUUGCCUAUCAGCUGGGCAUACAACGCUCUAAUGGGCAGCUCGGGGCUCAAGCACGCCACCAAGGUCACCCUGCUCAACGCCAACUACCUUCUCAGCCAACUUAAGCCGCACUAUCCGAUUCUGUACGUGAACGAGAAUGGCCGCUGUGCGCAUGAGUUCAUCCUGGAUGCCCGUCCCUUCCACAACUCAGCUGGUAUCGAGGCUAUCGACAUCGCGAAGCGCCUCCAAGAUUAUGGGUUCCACGCGCCCACCAUGAGCUGGCCCGUGACCAACACCCUCAUGAUUGAGCCUACAGAGUCUGAGUCCAAGGAGGAACUCGACCGCUUUGUCGAAGCCCUGGUCAGCAUCCGCCAAGAAAUCCGCGAGAUAGAGGAGGGCAAGGCUCCGCGCGAAGGCAACGUCCUCAAGAUGUCGCCGCAUCCGCUCUCGGACAUUAUCUGCGGCGAUGGUGAGGCGGGUGGCCAGUGGACCAGGCCGUACUCUCGCGAGAAGGCUGCCUAUCCACUCCCUUGGCUGAGAGAGAAGAAGUUCUGGCCUACUAUUGCUAGGGUGGACGAUACUUAUGGCGACCUCAACCUCUUUUGCACAUGCCCGCCGGUGGAAGACACGACUGUCGGCCACCUUUCUUCUGUCCAGGAGGACUGA